UGGUCACGCAUAAACUCCAGGAAACAUGGCGAGACUAGAGAAACUUUUCAGUCACCUUGAAAAUAUCAAAGAGCAAUAUUUCCUAAAAAAUAGGAUUGCUGAGGAAAACAGACAAAGGGAGAAUGAGGCUGCAGUCAAAAUUCAGAGAUGGUUCAGAGGAUGCCAAGUUAGAGCAUACCUCAGGCAUCUUCAUAAGAAUGCAACAUUGAUACAGAAAAUAUGGCGUGGAUUUACUGCACGAGAGCUGUUCAGACAAAGGGUAAAGACAGCAUAUUUUAUCAUGAAGAUGAAUUUUUACAAUAAGAUGGCUGUCAAGAUACAGCAGAGAUGGCGGGGCUAUUAUGUUAGGAAGUAUGUACACAAUUAUUAUGCACGCAAGAGGUAUUUGGAGGGAGUGGCAAGGAAGAAUGAUCUAAUCAGGAGAGAUCUGGCGGAAUUUGCAGAGCUCCAGAAAAGAGAGCGAGAAAGGAUCGCACUGGAGAAAGAGGAACAGGAGAAAAACAUCCAGGCUCAAAGACUCCACUUCCUCCUGAGUACUAAACAUUGUCCAGGGGUCUUCAACUCACCGUUCAGGGCAGAACCAGAUGAGAUGGAGCUCAGACUGAGGAGAGUGAAACCGCAAUCAGCUCCUAAAGAGAGGAAGACCCCUAUAAUAAUCCCUGAUUUCUCCAACCUGAUGCCAAACAGAGAACGUUUACCACCAAUACACAAAAAGCCACAGGGGCCCUUUCGCCCAGCUCUGGAGGUGCAGCAGCAGCGGCUCCGGCCCCUUGAGCCAAGCCUGCGUGUGGCCACAUCUAUCACUGCCCUGGAGGAGGCCAGAGAGGAGCUCAAACGGCAGGAGUGGCGGACUCGUGUCAUCGACCAGACUUUCCAUCCAUUUUCAAAUGCAAGCCAAAACAAGAGGUAUGAGAGACUGAUUCACACCAGCACUCCCUUCGAGCAGGUGGCAUAUGGGACCAAGCACUUCCGAGAGGAGCACAAGGAGUGCCACCAAGGGAAAAAGCCCUUCAAGACUGUCUUCACCACCUGUCACGUCUUUGACAAGUUUGGAAGACUCUACUCCAAUGCUGACGGGCCUACAACUGUACACAGCUCGCUGGCCAGCACUGCCACCAGCAUCCCUUUUGAUGAAUCUGAGGCACCAGCAAUUUGAAGAUGCAGGGGCUAUCACUUUGAUUGCUCCUGGUCUGCGGUAGUCCAUCACUUCACAAUAACUCACCCUGCUGCUGACACCUGCCUCCAAAAAAAUGAUGCUUUUCCAUCAGGGCGAUUAGAAAAAACCCUAGUUCCCUGAUCUGAUUACUCCCUGUUGUUGCGCUAAGUUUGACCUCACGCAAGGAAAGCAGCAUCACACUUAUGGCUACUGGACGCUCGGGCAUGCAGUGUUGUCCAGACUGACACGCUUAGUCAUAGAAGUGAAGGAUGGCUUUUCUGAUGGUUCAUGGAAUAUGAUGAUGUAUGAUUCAGCAAAAAGCUUUUACUCAGAUGGUAAGGUGAUGAUGUAGCACCUGGCUAAAAAAACAACAUACUUAACCAUGCCAAAUGGGGGGGUGAUUGUGUAAUAUUUUAAGGAGAUUCAAAAGCACGCUUGUUCUCCAUUUUUGACAACAUGACAAUGCAUACCAUGCCAUGUGAAUAUAAUGAAACUAAGUAGUAGAUAUUUUAACUAAAGAUAAUGUAUCUAUAUUCUAACGCCAUAAAUCAAUAUUUUAUGUUACAUUUUUAACAUUGCAUUGAUAUUUUUAAAAUGUUCAUAAAUUGCCCAGCAUCAUUUUGCUCCAAACCCAUAUUACUUUCUUUCGUCCGUGGGACACAAAAGGAAAUGUUAGGCAGAAUGUCUUGCUUUCAUUGUAAAAUAAGUGAAUGGUAAUAAGGCAUUCAUUCUCCCUAACUUCUCUUUUAACAUGAGGUUUAGUGAUUGAUGACAGAAUUUUCAUUUUUGAGUGAACUAUUCCUUUGAUAUUUAAAAAAAAAAAGAUACCAAAAUGCCAAUUCAGAACAUGCUUAGAAUAUACCAUAAUUUCCGGACUAUAAGCCGCAACUUUUUUCCCAUGAUUUGAACCUCGCGGCUUAUACAAUGACGCGGCUAAUAUAUGGAUUUUUCCCGCUUUCAAAUUUUAUAAAAAAAAUAAUUAAAAAAACAUUCUGUGACGUGCUCAGUUUUUUGGCGGCGUGAAGCUUUCAUUAGACCAAUGAAAUUGCCAAACAACUUUUUUUGUUUACUGUUUAGAUUAAAUCGAGCGCGCUCAAACUUCCCAUCAUUCUGAUUACGGUAGUAAUUUUGGCACCCUCACCAUGGCAAAGACAUGGAGAAACGCAUAUGAUGCAGCUUUCAAGUUGAAGGCGAUUGAUCUGGCUGCUGCACGGGAGCUUGGUCUUAAUGAGUCGAUGAUAAGACGUUGGAAACAGCAGCGUGAGGAAUUGACUCAGUGCAAAAAGACAA